GCGCCGUGUGGGCGGGCCCGCGCGCGGGAGUUUUUGGCGGGCUCGGGAAGAUGGCGCGGCUGUGAGGGGCGGGAGGGGUUCGCUGCCCGCCCGGCUGGUGCCGGGGCUGCCAUGGACACCACGUGGGAUAGCGAGCACCUCUGGUUCUAUUUGCUGGCCUUGGGCUUCCGCCCGAAACGCCACCGUGGCAUAAGACUGGGGAGGGAUAUGUUUAUUCGACCAAACAGCAAAGCAUUUUCUAUCAUUGCCCGCUUCCUGUUUACUAAGUUGGACAAGCACCGCGCAAGAAACACUUUCCGGCAUUCUGGAUUCAGAAAAUUACCAAGUCCUAGAUUUAGGAAGCACUGCAGUAUGUGGCUAAGAGAAAUUUCAAAUCAAGAGGAACUAGGUCUUCCACGAAUUGCACCUUCCAAAUUGAUUUGUCCUGGUGGUGCUAAAUUUAUUCACGUGGUCCACCAUUUUGCAAGAUACGUAAUGAUUAAGAACAUGAAAAAGCUCACUGUAGGUGCUGGUAUACCUUUUGCUGAAGCUGUAAUGUGGGAACCAGAGGAUAUGUACAUAGCAAAAGCAAGACACAGAGUCGCAUACAAUAAACUGCUGCAAAUUCUUCAAAGGGAAGACUUUGUUAUUCAAGAAUAUAAGAAAAAAACACAGGAUUUAAUUAGAGAAAUAGAAUGGACAAAGUCUGCAUGUGCAGUUCUAGAGAAGCAGUCUUGCAGGAUGAAACAAAAUUACCAAAACAAAAAUGACACAACUGAGAAAAUUCAGAAGGUCCACCACGUGUGGACACUUAUAGUGGAAAUGCUUGCAUCUCUGAAAAAAGAAAGGGAAAUUGUGGAUUCUGUACUUGAAGACUGUCUUAACCCAUGCAUUCUAGAUGGAACUAAUAUUGUUUUGAGUGUUCCAGGAUUGUUGACUUACAGAGUUGAAAGCAACAUAUAUGGAUUUUGCACAGGAAAUUUAUAUGAAGAUGGAAAACUGAAUUUCCUAACAGUUAUUCAGUUGCUAAAUGAAGCCCUGACGACACUGAGAGAUGAACAUUGUCCAUACGAAUUAAAAGAACUCCACAAAAUUGAGGAUGUGGUUACAUCCUACAAGAAUAUACUACAGGAGUUGAACACAAAAAGUCUAAGAAGAAAGCAACAGCAUUGUGAGCCAAAGCAUCAGUCUAUUUCUAGAAAACAGGAAAUCUGGGAAUCAAAGUGGGAAAAGUUUCUUGGCCAGUGUCCUUUUAAUUUAAUCUUUAAAAUAAGCAGCAAACAACCAACUUCAUCACGCCAGUCUCCUAGUUCUUCAGAUGAAGAUGAAAACACUAUCUUGUAUCAAUCAUUUUCAGAUAAUGACUCUGGUGAUGAAGAAUGCCUUGGGAAGAAUGAUGAGGCUUUGGAAACCAUGAUGGAUACAACAAUAGUACCCUCAGGAUGUCACUUCAUCUCUCCCUGCUCGAGACCAUCAGUGCCAUCGUUAUCAGACGCAUCUGAAAAUGGAGACCUGUUAACUGAAAAUAACAUGCGUACUUGUGAGAAAAAUAAAACACCUGUGCCUCCAAAAAUCUUAAAAAAAGGAAAGGAAGAAUUCCCCACUUCAGAAAUGGAGAAUGCAGGUGAAAAUACUACCCAGCCAAAGUCUCCUGUGAAAAAAGAUGACAUUCUUAUGAAAGCCAGAGAUGAACUGGCAGAAAAGAUUGCACAGUCAGUGAUGUCUGAGUCACCUGACGGUGGUGAAGAAAAAGGAAUGUCAUUAGAUGAUCUCAUUAGCUCUCUGUCUUUUAACCCAUUUUUAACGAGGAAACAAAUACCCCGAACUCCAGAAAAUCUGCUUACUGAAAUUAGAAGUUCGUGGAGGAAAGCUAUUCAGACUGAGGGCUCCUUAGACCUAGAGCUGUCCUUAACUGAAGUGGUGACAGAAGAAUCUUCAAUGAAUGCUACACUCAGUAUGCAGGAGGAAGUGGACUCCAGCUUUGUGUGCUCUGAACCUGCAACUCCUCUAUCUGACUUUGAUCCUUCUGUGUCAGAAAAGAAGUCUCAAUUAAGUUCUACAGAAUCUAGUUCUCAGGAGCAGGUGAGCAUAAGUCAUACAUUUGAAUCUUCAGAUUCAAAAACAUCUGGAAUUCAGGAAAAUAAGAGAACUGAAUCAGAGGAACUAGAUUGUUCUGCUUUGAGUGGAAGUUCUGUAGAAGAUCUAAGCCAGACUUUGGAAUAUGUAGAGAAGAGCAUGAAUAUUCCAGAUACUUGUUUGAAAAGUAGUAGAACAAAUACACUUCUUUCAGAUUGUUCCAGUUUUCUGAUGGAUGAGACAGUAUGCUGUAAUGUAUCUGUAUUAAAUUCUGUGGGUCAUGAAACUCCUGACAUGGGGAUAUUGGAUGAGACAAUUCCAGAAUCUGAUAGUUUAGAUCUCAGCAUAUCUGCAAGCCCAGACUCCAUUUUUUAUUCAAUGGGCAGUGAAAAUUUAAAGAGAAUCCCAGAAAAUAAUGAGGAUGUAAAAGAAUUGGACCUAGAUAUACAGUCCCCGUCCAACUCACAUGAAGUUCUAAAAAGUACUGCAUCGAAGAGUGAAGAAGAGCUGCAUCAAACACAUAAUGGAGACAAAUUUGAAAGUUACAGAGCCGAACUAAGUACGAUACUAGAAGAAAAGGAGGAAAAUGAUGAUGAUCCUUCCACCAAGAUGCCAUUGCCGGAUUCUCCUAAUGAAAGCAAGUAUUCCCUGUCAUCUUUGCUGGUAUCCUGUCAACAGAUGGAUGGUACAUGAAGUCCCAUUAACUUACUGCAUAGAUUGAAGGAUAAGAACAGUUGAAUCAGAAGCCGGGCAUAAAGGAACCUUCAUCAGGAUGGAAUUGGUAAAGCAGAAGCAUAAUCGUAGCAGUGUAUUCGUUUAUAGUUCACUGGAGUGUGUAGCAUCUUCUCAAAGCAUUGUCUGGAUUGGGAAGUUGCGCUUCUUUUGGUGGAGACUCCAUUCCAGUUUCCUUGUUUAAGAGUGUCACUUGCCUGCUCUGGCGCUGCCAAUUUCAUAUCAUCCACUGUGGCUCUCUGUGUACAGCCCAUCAUUUAUAUACAGAACUGUAUCUUCUUUUUUUAAAGCAUAUUUUGAACAGAAGAUGUUGAGUAAAUGGCAUAACACUAGAAAAUGGAAAAAUGAAAUGUCAGAGGAUAAAUAGUGAAAUUUGUUAAUUUGCUCCUAAUCCACAUCUCAUAUUCCAUCCCAACCCUCGACCCAACAGAUUGAAAUUACUUGGUGCUCCACAUUCCAGUGCAUUAAUCUCUCUUACUGAGACUUCUGGUCUGUACUGCCAUCACUUCUACUUGUUGACAGUGGCUGUUCCCUUUUCUAAACCUCGCUGGAGUGCAUAUUUCUUUAGCUGUAUUACUGAAUAAAUGCUUUACACUAAAGUUAGAAAAAUAUGUUGCUUGUGGUAGUGUUAAUGCUACUUGAUUUAAACAACUGACGUGCACUUACUAUGUUGUGGAGAUUCCAAGAGGUAAACCUCUCAUUGUAAAAAUACUGACUCCUAGCCUAAUUUGUUUAGAGUCAUUGUUAAAUAAAGAUGAUUUUCUGUU